GACAGUUAAAUUGAUAAACCAACACCAACACAAAUCAACGAAAGAAAACUAUCUGGCCAAAGAUAAACAUUAUAUAAAAUGCCCCCGAACAUGAUGAAGUAGAAAGGAAACAAAAGCCAUUACACUGUGGGAAUCGACUAAAAUGUAACAAGAAAAGUAGACAAAAUCAAUUUUCGGCGCACGCCUCAACCCGGAAGCUGAACCGCGGAAUUCCCGAGCACGGGUAUGCUCAGCUAUAAAUAAAUACUCAAGGGUCAAAGUUCAGCUGUGAAUCUACACGCGAAGUCAGGUGGCACUGGAUCGGUUGGGCAGAGAGUAGAUCGGAGCAGCCGAGUAUUUUGGAUAAAUUCAUCCGAUUUUAGACUGCAACACGGACGUGGUGUCCCUGUGUCGCAUCUAGCCGCUCACAAAGCACAUCCUUGACGACAAUGGAUGUCCGACAGCUGGGGAGCAUCUGACGAGUAUACAGUCCGACUGUGAACAAGUGAUUGUCACCGUUAUCAUUUAAACAUGGAUGCGACUAGGUUUUUAACAACGUUAUUUAUUUUGUUGGUGUCGUCGUGUUGUACAUUGUCAUCAACGACAAUUGAGCCAUCAACAUCUUCAACAACAGCCCCAAUAACAACAGCCCCAACAACACCAUCCCUAACAACCAGCCCGACAGCCACCACGACAACCACCAUGACACCAACUACUUCCGCUACACCGACGACUCCGACAACAACCACAAAGACGACUACAAUCACGACUACACCUACAACUACAACUGCAAUUACAACUACAACUCCAACCACAACCACGGCAACACCUUCAACAACGUCGCCUACGACUUCUCCUACCACGCUGAAAACCACACCAUUGACGACAGCUAUGCGCCAAGAUUCGGCAUCAACAUCAACAUCUACCAUUCAAUCGACGAUUUCAACCGCUCAGGCUUCUUCAAGCCAGACUGUGCCUACAUCGAUGCCUACAUCUCCAUCAACUCCACCAACAUCUAGUGUCUCUGGUAGUACACCUGCAGGUGAUAACCCCAUAUCCACGUCUCCAGUGACAACACAAACGCCCUCAAUGAAUUCACCAACCCAAUCAGCGAGCGCCGUAACUGCAUCAUUUCCUUCUUCAUUAGCAACUUCUAGUGUGACAACAAAUACUGUCACAUCCGCCGAAUCUUUUUCCUCAUCCUCCGUAACAACAAGCUCAAUAAUACAAACUACAGGCCCUCCAGCAAGCACCACAAACAACGUUGACACCUCCACGAGCCCCGCGGGUGGUACGACCGCGUCUACAGAGGGAAUAGCCACAAGCACAACUAGUAUUGGUUCCACGUCUUCUGGACCCCAAUCGAGUAUUACAUCAGCCACCCUAUCAAGCCCAACCACAAUGGCACCUCAUGUUUCACCAGCAAGCAGUACAAGUAGUAGUGGGACCCCUACAGCUGCCAGCAGCACUACCAACAGUGGGGGGACUUCAACGGCUGCCGGCACCAUGACAUCCCCAACACCUUCCUCCUCAGGAUCAUCAUCCUUUUCCUCAUCUACUGCAGCUCAACCAGUGUCCACAGGAAGAUCUUCAGAUAACCCUGACCACACUAGUCGGUCAGUUAUAUCCACAACUCUGCACAGCACGGAGGGGAGGACUGACAGGAGCUCUGGAGCUUCUAGUGUGACAACAAAACCGUUUACAAGCACCGUGUCUCUUCCCCCAUCCUCCGUAACAACAGGCUCAACAACACUAACCGCAGGAUCUCCAACAAACACCAUAAACAACGUCGACAUGUCCACAAGCCUCACGGUUGGUACGAUCGCCACUACAGGGGGAAUAGACACACCCACAACAAGUAUUGUUUCUACGUCUUCUGGACCUAAAUCGAGUAUCACACCAACCACCCAAUCAACAGUGGCACCUAAUACUUCACCUGCAGGUAGUACAAGCAGUAGUACGACCCCUACAGCUACCAGCAACACCACCAACAGCGGGGUGACUUCACCUGUACGAAGUACAAGCAGUACAAGCAAUAGUACGAUCCCUACAGCUACCAGCAGCACCACCAACAGUGGGGUGACUUCAACGGCUGUCGGCACCAUGACAUCCCAAACUGCAUCCUCCUGGGGAACAUCAUCCAUUGCCUCGUCCACUGCAGGCCAACCAGUGUCCACAGGAAGGUCUUCAGAUAACCCUGACCACACUAGUCGGUCAGUUAUAUCCACAACUCCGGACGCCAUAAAGGGGAGGACUGACAAGCGUCUUGGAGAGUUGAAGGCCGAGAAUAACACUCUGAAGAUAGUUGUAGGGAUUCUGGCAGCAGUGAUUGGCUUAGAGAUCAUCAUCGCUGGCAUAUACUGCAUCCUGAGAAAGAGACGGCGCCGCCCGCCAUUUAUAGGCGGAGACGAGGAGGAGCCAGCCUUGCGCCAUGAGAUGCGCCCGUACUUCCGCCCAGCGAGCAGUUACGACCUGGGAAACACUCCUACUCGGACAGUGUCCACCGCGUCCAGCGAGUCCGAGCCCAUGACGGCCAAGUCCACCAAGGGGAACACGCAGAUGUUUACUUUCAGUAACGGAAAUGACGUCAACCCGAAGGACAAACCAUUGAAGGAGAUCAACGAAAAUGAAGAAAUGUAGACAAACCCUAGUAUCCAAGAAGGCCAACAUUACAAUCCGAACAUACCGUACGGUAUAUGCGCCAUACUGUAUAAUGGGACCAUAUGUUGUCUUGCAUUUCUCUUACAUGUUCUUUGAGUGCUUAAAACAGUUAUGUGGAAUCGUGAACCUUGACAGCAGCGAUGAGUCGUUGUUGUGAUACUUCAAACAGCGCGAGUGGGACUGCUCCUUAGAUAAACGGAGAGACAGCAUGCAAUGAGUCACAGGUAUUCAGUGCUGAGGAAAAAUGUCUUCGUAACGUUCGGGAUCACUCGUAACAUUUCGUUCAGUUGACGGAAAAAAACGAAUGAUAACGAAUGAAACUCGGUAGUAAUCGUGGCUCAUUCUCGACAAAUCCGUGACGUUCAAGGGUAUUGGUGAUAAAUGGUGUUUAAUCGGUCGUUGAGUGGACGCAGUACACAGGUGUGUCGUUUAUCACUCGGCGUGGCAAAGACUCGUACGACGGUGAAGCAUAUGAUAAUGAUAGGAAGAGGAAAGGAGGUUUUCGUUGCGAUAAGGUAUCUGAUAUAUGACUCCAUUGUGGGGGUUAUCCGAACAGCCGCACCCGGAACAUCACUGAUUGUUGUAACAGUUUUGAUAUCACAUGAAGAUUGACAUACUAUCUGGAAUGAUUGUUACUUGCAUUAUAAGGGGGAACCCUACGCUCAGUAUUUCACCGCCAUUGUCCGUAGUCAUCAAACACAAGUUUUGCUUUAAAAUAUGCAUGACUGAUAAAGGUUUAUAAAUUAUGUAUUUUUCAUGUUUUACCACUUAUAGGGGUAAAUGGUUAUGUUAUGUGCCAGCCACAUAACAUAUGAAUAUGUAUGCGUACGUAGACAAAAGGUUUCGAAUAAGUCAAAUCUUUCUUUUUUUUCAAUAUGAUCUUCUUUAUUAUUUUUCUAUAUGUCCACACACACACACGCACACACACACACACACACACACACACACACACA